CCUCCUCUUUGUGACCUGAAUGACCUUCAGAGCAGGUCAGAGUCAGAGACCAAGUCCACGUCCUGGAUGUUGUGAUGGCUGUGAGUGGUUUUCCUGAACCAUAAAUGGAUCCACCUGUGAGUCACUGGAUCAAGACACUCGUUGCUCAACACACCACAUCCGCUCUCAGGUCUAUAUAGACCUGACUCCAGACUGGGACUGGCAGAGAAGGAUGGGGUCUUCCACCGUGAGGGUUCUGCUGCUGCUGGCGGCUGCGCUGUGUCGCUCUGCGUCUCCGGCUGCCGUGGAGGACCAAAGCCUGGCGAAGGCUUACCUGACGAGCUUCUUCAACCUGACUGAGCAGCCGGGCCCGUCAGCCCGACGGGGGGUGUCCCCCAUGAGCAGGAAGCUGAGGGAAAUGCAGCAGUUCUUCGGGCUGCAGGUCACCGGGACUCUGGACACCGACACCCUGGAAGUGAUGAAGAAACCGCGCUGCGGCCUUCCAGAUGUAAACAUUGAGGAGUUCUCCACGUUCGGAAACAAAGCGAAAUGGCAGAAAAACCCCCUCACGUACAGGAUAGUGAACUACACGCCUGACAUGACCCAGGCGGAAGUUCAGGAUUCCAUACAGAAAGCUCUGCAUGUUUGGGAACAGGCCACGCCCCUGAGGUUCAUCAGAACCAGCAGCGGCGCAGCGGACAUCAUGGUCUCCUUCAACCGUGGAGCACAUGGAGAUUACUAUCCCUUUGACGGGCCUCAUGGCACGCUGGCCCACGCCUUCUCUCCCUCGUCUGGCAUUGGAGGAGACGUUCAUUUUGACGACGAUGAGACCUUCACCUUCAGGUCCAGUAAAGGUUACGUGCUCUUCAUGGUCGCUGCUCACGAGUUUGGACACUCCCUGGGUCUGUCUCACUCCAACGACCGAGGCGCUCUCAUGUACCCGCUGUACUCGUUCGGGAACCCCGAUACCUUCGUCCUGCCCAAGGACGACGUCAGAGGGAUCCAGUCUCUGUACGGCCCAAACCCGCUCCAAAGUUCUGCUGACAGUGCCCCCCAGCCCCCCAGCACUCCCGAGUCAUGUGACUCAGACGUGGUUUUGGAUGCUGGCACCUCCUUCCAAGGAGGCCUCCUGCUCUUCCAGAACAGCACCUUCUGGCAGCUGGACGGUCAGAGCGGGAAACCUCAGAAAAGGCUCAUCACAGACGCGUUUCCAAAUGCUCCGGUCAACAUCGAUGCUGCAUACGAAGACCAGCAGUCAGGAAACAUCUUUCUCUUCAAGGGUAGCAGAGUCUGGGCCUUCAGCGGGAACCAGCUGGUCCAGGGCUACCCAAAAAACCUCAUGAGUUUUGGUCUGCCGUGGUUUCUGAGCAGGGUCGAUGCUGUCCUCUACGACGGGGACUCUGGACAAACUCUUUUCUUUCUUGGCCGAUAUUACUUCAGUUACAACCGAGGCUGGCGUCUCCAGAGGACAGAACGGAAGUUUCCUGAGGUGACCAGCAGCGUGAGAGCCGCCUUCCAGCACCAAGGUUUCAUCUACAUCCACAGUGGAGUUUCCCUGUUCGAGUACAGUCAGACGACCUGGAGGCUGACCCGCGUGCUGAAGAGCAACCACUUCCUGUCCUGCAGUAACAGCUGAUCCAUCAAUAAAUGUCAUUUGA